AUGGCAUUUGCGAAAAUCUUCAGAUGGCCACGGCGGAAUCUACAGCACAAAAUCGAUAAAAGUGAAGCCUCAAAAGGACCCUCUGGCCAGGAUCUGUAUCAACAUUGUAACAACGUGAUUCGAAACUUUGAGCGAGCAUUCACCCUCCCAGACGGCUGGGGUGCUCAAGAAAAAGAGGUGAUAUUCCGUCUGCAAGAGGCUGCCUUGGGUCUAAAGCAAUGGAAGAACAGUAUCCGAAGGUGCGCAACUCCUGAUCACGAGUGUUUUUCUGAAGCAGACAACGAGAAGCUGGUUCAAUUGAUAUUUACGUCGCUGAAGGAAGAAAACGUCGGACUCUUUGAAACUAUCGGCCAACAUAUCAGCGACAUUGCAAGACUGCUGGCCUUUAUCGAGCGACUUUACAUCCAUGGAGAUGACGAAGGGGCCAGUAGGGAAACGAAAGAAAGAUACUUCAAACGCCUAGACACUGCCUUGGAGUGUCUCGCGAUGCAGCUUAUACCGCUGAGUACGUACGCAGAAAUGGUGUUUCAACCGUCGCAUAAGAUUCAAUUCAUACCUAUUGCUCCAUCAAACACAUUGCAAGCGAUGGAAGCAUGGAAGAGAAGCAGCAAGCCGAGCGAUCAGCAAGCACCAGCUUUCCUUAGGUCAUCAUCGGAUUCAAUGCCAUCCCCCCAGGAUGACCCCGCCGAAACGUCACAGGAAGUUGCAAUCACGCAGGGUCUAGUCCCAUCAUCAAACCCGCAGGUUGAGGCUAAGUUUGAAAGGGUUGCUGUCCCACAAGGAACAAGUGGCUUGCAUAUCUUAUUCGAACCGACAACAGCGUCUUCUGAUCUAGCUAUUGAUAUAAUAGCCGUACAUGGGCCAGGAGGCGAUGGAUAUAGGACAUGGACGGACGAGAAAAGUGGGAAGUUGUGGCUUAGAGAUUUCCUGCCUGGAUCUCAAGGCUUUCGAAAUGCUCGCGUCAUGACCUUCAGCUACCUUCGUCCUGAUUAUCCAAGAUCAAGAAGUGAGACCGACUUUUGGUUGGAUAAGUCUGCAGAGUCAUUGCUGAGCUGUAUCAUGAGGACAAGGGACGAAACGAACACACCCAGGGGAAAGCCGAUUAUGUUCAUCGGCCAUUCAUGGGGUGGCAUCACCAUCAAGAUGGCUUUGUUUCAAGCAAGCUGGAAUGCUUCUAGUGGCAUCUUUGAUGCAACGAAAAGCAUCAUCUUCUUCAGGAUGCCAUACACUGGGCGAGAACACGAAGUCAUCGAGCGUCUCUUGGCCUUACAAAGAACUUUUGACGCGGCUGGAGCAAAGCAGAAUGAGGCUCGCGAGGCGUCAAGAAAUAUUCAUAAUCUGGCAUCCGAUGCGUCAAUAUUCUUGUCUAAUUUAAGCAGAAAGCUUCAGGUCACCUCAUUCUACGAACGCGAGAUAUACAACGACGUGCUUGCUAUGGAUGAGAAUCAGACCAGAGGAAACUACGCCAACGAAACAACGAUAGGUCUGGAUGCCAACCGCUACACAGUUGGCAAAUUUGCUUCGGAGAAUGACAAAGGGUUUGCUGAGGUCCAUCGGGCAAUGCACAUGCACCUGAUUGAGAUUUCGAAGGCUUUGGAUGCUGAAGGACAUCCACCCACAGAGAAUAAGCCCGCUACACUGGACGAUCUUGAGGCGACUACCAAACCUUUGUGA